AUGAUUAAGAAAAGUUUGUUAAACUGUGGAAUUUUAGCUGGUGCAGAAGAUUCAAUAGCUAUUACACCUGAUAGUUUUGAGAAUCAUCAAUAUGAACCCAUGGAGAUGAUAGAGCUGAUGAAAGCGCUUUUGGCUAAACUAUGUGAAGGAACACCAGGAGUGAAUGCAAACAAUGGCAUUAUAAGUGGUGUUCUUGUAACUGUGGGAGAUCUUGCUAGAGUGGGUGGUUUUGCUAUGAGAGAAUAUAUCCCUGAACUUAUACCAAGAAUUUUUGAAGCUUUAUUGGAUGAAGCUGCUGCUACUAAACGUAAGGUUGCUGUUGCAACUCUUGGUCAACUUGUACCGAGCACAGGUUAUGUGAUAGCUCCAUGUAAUAAGUACCCACAGUUGCCGAGCUUACUUUUAAAAUUGUUGAAUGGUGAGCUGGCAUAG